UUUAUUUAUUUUUGCUAUCCAAAACAACAUGGCAAUCAGCGAGUAGCAGCUAGUAGAUAUUUGUCGCCUUUUCUCUUUCUCUCUCUAAUUAGAGCCAUUUUUCCUUCAUUACUGAGAAAAAGCUUCAAUCUUUCUACAUUUAGCGUCUCUCUUAUUAUUAACGAUACAAAUAAAAUAACAGUCAUAUUGACAGUUUUAAAGUCUUUUUCUUUUUUUGAGGUUAACAAGUUAUGUGCAACAGUCACUAGAGCAUGAAAAUCUUCAAGGGGCUCGACUUGGAGUUCUCUAUCCCAGCUCCACCGUUGUUUAUAGAGAGGUGAAAGAUGGAGCGGAACAGAUCGGAUUUGAGAUUUCAUCACUCUGGAUCAACAGAAUCAGAGGAAUCUGCUUUGGAUUUGGAAAGAAAUUGCUGCAAUCAUGUUAAUCUGCCUUCAUCAAGUCCCUCACCUAUUCAACCCUUUGCAUCUAGUGCUCAGCAUUCUGAGAGCAAUGCUGCCUACUUCUCAUGGCCUACUUCUAGUCGAUUAAUUGACGCAGCAGAAGGUAGAGCAAACUAUUUUGGAAACCUACAGAAAGGGGUGUUGCCAGAAACACUUGGACGGUUACCGUCGGGGCAGCAAGCAACCACCUUGCUUGAGUUAAUGACCAUACGAGCUUUUCACAGUAAAAAACUGCGUAGCUUUAGUCUUGGCACAGCUAUUGGGUUCCGUAUCCGACAGGGCGUUUUGACGGAUAUACCUGCAAUUCUUGUCUUUGUGGCUCGUAAAGUUCACAGGCAAUGGCUUAGCCAGUUUCAAUGCUUACCUGCUGCUCUUGAGGGCCCGGGAGGUGUGUGGUGUGAUGUAGAUGUUGUGGAAUUUUCUUAUUAUGGUGCACCUGCGGCAACUCCCAAAGAACAAUUAUAUACCGAGCUUGUAGAUUGCUUUAGAGGAAGUGAUCCAGUCAUUGGUUCUGGUUCACAGGUUGCCAGCCAAGAGACAUAUGGAACACUGGGUGCUAUUGUGAGGAGCCGAACAGGAAAUCGACAGGUAGGUUUCCUUACAAAUAGGCAUGUUGCUGUUGACUUGGACUACCCAAGUCAGAAGAUGUUUCAUCCUUUACCGCCCAACCUUGGUCCCGGAGUGUACCUUGGUGCUGUAGAGAGGGCAACCUCAUUUAUCACAGAUGACCUUUGGUAUGGAAUCUUUGCCGGCAUAAACCCAGAAACAUUUGUGCGAGCUGAUGGGGCUUUUAUUCCUUUUGCUGAUGAUUUCAAUGUGAACAAGGUAACUACCUCUAUAAAAGGGAUAGGUGAGAUUGGUGAUGUUCAUAUCAUAGAUUUGCAGUCUCCAAUCGGCAGUCUCAUUGGAAGGCAAGUUGUCAAAGUGGGAAGAAGCUCUGGCUUGACCACCGGGACGAUAAUGGCAUAUGCUUUAGAGUACAAUGAUGAGAAAGGAAUCUGUUUCUUUACUGAUUUCCUGGUUGUUGGUGAGAACCAGCAGACUUUUGACCUCGAAGGAGACAGUGGAAGCCUCAUACUAUUAACGGAUCAGAAAGGGGAGAAACCACAUCCUGUUGGGAUCAUUUGGGGUGGGACUGCUAACAGAGGCCGGUUGAAACUCAAAGUCGGCCAACCCCCAGAAAAUUGGACCAGUGGAGUCGAUCUUGGGCGUCUUCUUGAUCUCCUUGAACUUGAUCUCAUCACAACCAGCGAAGGGCUUCAAGCUGCUGUGCAAGAUCAAAGAAAUGCAUCCGCAGGUGGGAUUGAUUCUACAGUUGGGGAGUCUUCUCCUCUGGUUCAGGUUCCAUCUAAGGAUAAGAUUGAAGAGAAUUUGCAACCGAUUAAUUUAAAUAUCCGGCAAGUUUUGGCUGAAGGUGAGUCCUGGCAAGGACUUGUACUACCAAUCAUGCGUACUGAAUAUCGAACAGAAGAUAGGACCGAAGGAGGUCCUAACGUGGAACAUCAAUUUAUUCCCAGUUUCAAUGGAAAGUCUCCGGUUAAUAACCAACGGGAAAACAUGGAAUCUAGAAAUCUUUCAGCAUUAAGGAAUGGAUCAGAUGAGGAGAUCUAUGUCUCGCUGGAGUUAGGUGAGGCUGAACCAAAACGAAGAAAAUAUUCGGAUUCCUUCUGCAGCAUCAAGGACCUGAAGUGAAGGAAUAAUGGGAUAGAGGCAAAAUGCUUGGAAAUAUCAUCCUAUCAAAAUCAGGUCACACAAUUAUUUAUGUUAUUGCUUCCGAUGUGUGUGCCUUCCUUAAUCAUAUAUAUAAAAGAAAACUGUAAGUAUCGGACUGAGGUUUACCUGGGGGAAUUAUGUUAUCUCCCCCAACCCCCCUAAUCAUUGGGUAAAUACAAUGCUAGGUUUACAUGUAUGCAUUAUACUAUAUAAUAAAAUGUUUAGGAAGUGUCGUGGCUA